AACUGUGAUUUGUAACACGCACCUACAUUACAACUAAUAUGUUGAAGUUUGUGGUGUUCGCUCUUGCUGUUUCAGCAUCUCAAGCUGCUGUCUUCUCGCUAGGAGAAAGGAAUGAUGGCAAUUUAGAAUCAAGUAUUAAGAAUUACCCAUACCUUUUAUCAGUUGAGUAUUUUGGCAGGCACAUCUGCAGUGCUACCAUAAUUAGUUCAAAUUACGCCGUUGCCGCCUCUGCUUGUUUCGAUUACAAAGGUACUGGACCUUUCCAUGUUCGUGCUGGAUCUUUGGAACUUCUUUCUGGUGGAAUUGUAGUUAAGGUUAAGGAAGUAUUUAAAAUGGGUAAUGAUAACGACAACAAGGAUAGGAAUCUUUCUGUUUUGGAGUUGUCCGAGCCUUUGGUGUUUAGUGAAACUAUUCAGAAGAUUGCAAUUCCUAGGAGAUGUCAAGUCGCUCCUAUUAAUGUUACAGCUAAAAGUAUCGGUUGGGGUCCAACUCAUUUAGAGGGUGAAGUUGUAUUUCAAUCUGUUGAUGUUUUUACUGUCACACGUAAAGAAUGUCGCAGACAUUAUCCGACGAGUACAAUGACUGAACGUAUGCUUUGCGCCAAGAACACUGUUUGCCAUGAUGAUUAUGGAGGUCCAUUGGUGUACGACAACACCCUUAUUGGUUUCUACUCAUGGGCAAAGCAAUGUGAUCCUUAUUCAGUCUAUGUUGAUAUUGCUGUUGUUCGUGAUUACAUCACCGAAAUAGCUGGAAUAUAAAUAAUUCUAAUUUGCACAAAAUUAAUGACGACUUAAUAAAAAUAUGUACUGCAUUA